AUGGAUCAUAAUUCAUCAUCAAUUCUUCUUCAACAAUCAUCACAUCAAAGUUUAUUCAAUACAUUUAUUAAAUCUCAAUAUACAUUAACAACCAUGAGUAGUGGUGGAAGUGAAUCAAGUUUAAGUUCACCAUCUGCUUCAAUACCUAUUGAUGAAAAUGAUGAACACCAACAUAAACGUCGUUUAACACGUUUACAACGUCGUUUACAUGGUCAACCAUAUCCAUCAUCAUCAUUAAAACAACGACGACGACAAGAACAUAAUCAUCAAGAACAACAGCAACAACAACAACAACAACUACAAAUAAUGUCACAAGAUGAUGUACAAAAUCAACGUGCUAUUGCUAAUGUUCGUGAAAGACAACGUACACAAUCAUUAAAUGAUGCAUUUGCACAUCUUCGUCUUAUUAUUCCAACAUUACCAUCAGAUAAAUUAUCUAAAAUUCAAACAUUAAAAUUAGCAACACGAUAUAUUGAUUUUCUCUAUCAAAUUUUACAUGGAGAUGAUCAACCACAACAAAAUGUAACAUUUCAAAAUGAACCAUCACCAACACAACAAAAUGAACGUACAUUAAGUUAUGCAUUUAGUGUUUGGCGUAUGGAAGGUGCAUGGUCAGCGAAUGGAAAUAUAACAAAUGAACAACAGACAACAAUAGAUCAAAUGCCAUUUUCUCCUGAUGAUUAUCAAGACAACUAA